AUGUGCUAUGUAGAGGUGCAGAAGUUUGAGGAGAAAUAUCUAGAUGAAGUAAAUCUUUACAUCGAUACACACUUUGGUUGCCAGUUCGAGAUUUUUUACUACAACUCUGUUUGUAUCAUCAAAUUUUUAAUCGAUGCAGAUGCAGUGAAAGCUCUGGAACAUGGGGAAAUAAAACUGCGAGAUGGGUCCACACUUGAAAUGAAGAAGUGGAAUGGUGAAAAUAAUUUAUCAUCAACUGCAGAAUGGGUCUUGCUAAGUGUAGGCAGUCAUUUUUCCAAUGGAAGCAGUCCACACCUGACAACAUUAGAAAGUUCAUCCAAAUAUUGUUCAGACUUGGAUUUAAAAUCUGAUCCCCUACCUGGAAUACCUUCUGCUGAUUCAGUUGAAACAUGUUUUGUGAGAUUUUCGGCUUCUAUCUUACAAAUAAUUGGCAUUUUAGUUAUUGAAAGGAAAAUAAAAUUUGAUCCAAAGUUCACCAAUUUGAUCAAACACUGCACACCGAAACUUACAGAAAAAUUUAAAUUUUUGUCUUUGAAUCAUGCUGAUGGGACCAAUGAGCUGAUAGUCAAAUGUUCAUCCCCAGUGACAGACUACCAACUCGCUCAGAACUUUCAAAAUUUUUGCAGACACAAAAGAGUGCCAGUGGGGAAAAAAUCCAUCAUAGAGUUCUUAAAGAAGGAAGAAAAUGAACUGAAAAAGAUCAGAAAGAUGAAUGAUGGUUUGGUUGACAUCAGGGAGUGCCUGCAACUGCAGGAUGAUGUUUGCGCAUUUGAUAUUAUGGCCAUUGGAAGUGAUGAAGAUGUGGGUGAAUUGAAAAAAAUGUUGGAAGAUACAGUUCAUAGGGUACGGUGUCAGGAUAAGGAAUUGUGCUCUAUUGAAUCAGUGAAUAACUUUGAAUACAUUGUUAAAGGACUUGAAUCUGUCCAUGGGUGUAAAAUUGAUUACAAGAUUCUUGAUAAAAAAAAUUAUGAUGGUCCAGUGAAGGCCAAAGGUAUCAUAGGUUCAACUAAUAUAUCAAUAAUCCAAGCUCCCAUCCAAGACGAAAAAGUGAACAUAAUUGUCAACUCUGUACCGAAAUCACUCAACCUCAGUGAAGGUGAUAUAUCUAAUUGUCUAUUGGAAAAAGCUGGGCCCAAAUUGCAAGAAGAAUGUAAUAAGUUUAAAAACUCUCAAAUAGAUUUGAUUGGAGAAACGAGCAGUUAUGGGCUUUCAUGCAACAAAGUAUAUCACUGCUUCUGGAAAUUUAAAUUAAAUACAAAGCCAAAAGAUGAGGAACUCCAUAGAGCAAUUAAAGAUUGCUUGGAGAAGGCAAGUGGAGACAAAUUUCAAUCAAUAGUAUUCCCUCCACUGGGCUGUGGUGGCUUGGGAAUGCCUUCUGAUCUGGUCGCUUCUACAUUUUUUAAAGUCUUUCAACGAUUUUUAAAAAAAAAUCCAAAAACAACUCUUGAGGAUAUUAGAAUUGCCAUCAUAAAUGACAAAAAUGAAAAGACUCUCGAAGUGAGUUUCAACAAUUAG